UGUGGAUUAACUCAGGUCCCAUCCAAAGCCAUUUAUCCACUGAAGAAACUACACGCACUCUGGGCCAAAACGAGAUCUGGAGUAUGGAUGGAGAUAGCCUCCGGCAAGUGCGCUUGCUGAGAAGCUUGAGGCUGGACGGGAACCGUCUGGACGCCGUCCCGACGGACGCACUGGAGCCUUUGGAUCUCCUAGAGGUCCUGAACCUAGGAAACAACUUGAUUACCUCGAUCCUGGUAAACGCUUUCCCCCAAAUGGAAAACUUGGAGAUUCUAUUUCUAAAGAGGAACCAAAUAACCGAAAUAGCUGAAGAAGCCUUCGUCAACAUGACGCAGCUGAGAAAGAUCGAAUUGGAUGACAAUUAUCUGGCUCACAUUCCGACUGCAUUGACGAAAUUGCCAGCGCUCGAAGAACUGUCGAUAUCAGGUAAUCGUAUCAAAUUCAUCCCAGCCGGAUUACUUCAGAAAACUCCGGGAAUCGUGCAGUUGGAUCUGAAAGGGAAUCCGUUGGUCGGGGUGGACACGCACGCGUUUUCGUUUCUGCCAAACCUAAAAAUUCUGAGUCUCUCGGAUACUCGGGUUUUAUCAACGUUUCCCAGUCUGAACGGAACGAGCGCAUUGGACACGCUGCGUUUGGAUCGAGCCAGCAUUUCUUCCGUUCCCACGAGCCUUUGCUUCACGUGUCCGAAAUUGAAAACCCUGGAUUUGAAGUCCAACAAGUUGGUUCGCGUGCCGGAUCUCUACAACUGCAAAGAAAUGAAGGUCCUGGCUCUCGCUGGAAAUAAGAUACAUUCGUUGGAAAGUCGUCCUUUCAAAGGGAUGUCUCUCAUGCACGAUCUCCUAUUAGCUCACAACGAGAUUCAACACAUACCAUACGAUGCAUUCCACGGCCUAUCCAAACUACAAGUUUUGGAUUUGGAAGAUAACAAAAUUUCCUACAUCCAUCCGGACGCGUUCUUGUCGAUCUCGCACGUCGAAGACUUGAAUUUGGGAAACAACAUUUUUUCUACGUUACCGUUCGCCGGCCUCGAGCGGCUGCUGCACUUGAAAACAUUCAACAAUCCAAACUUGCGAGAGUUUCCACCGCCGGAAGUCUUUCCGCGCAUACAAAGUUUGGUAUUGGCGUACGCGUACCAUUGUUGCGCUUUCCUACCUCUGAUACCGUCGAAUCCGCCGCCCCGAGUCAAAGAUAUCAUCGUAUUUCCGGACGAAGGAGACGACGUCGAUUGGAGCUAUUGGAAUACCAGUUUCGUCGAUGUCUGGCCAUCAAUAAAUAACAUUAGUCACAAGUUUGGGCAAAAGUUUAAAAGCUAUUGGGAUAAAUUCGCGACAACUGCGGAGUACGCUUACCCAGCAAAUUUCCCAGCGUACGUGGAAGAAUAUUCUGAAGAUGAGAUUAGCAAAUAUGGGUUCGAUACGACUGUGGGGAAGAUACAAUGUCUUCCGUUGCCGGGACCAUUUCUUCCUUGCCAAGAUCUCUUUGACUGGUGGACAUUGCGUUGCGGGGUUUGGAUUGUAUUUCUUUGUGCUAUGUUGGGUAAUGGGACUGUUGUGUUCGUCUUGAUAUUUUCAAGAAGUAAAAUGGAUGUACCGAGAUUCUUGGUUUGCAAUUUAGCUGCAGCGGAUUUCUUCAUGGGGAUCUAUUUAGGUUUUUUAGCAGUAGUAGAUGCUUCGACUUUAGGUGAAUUUAGAAUGUAUGCGAUACCGUGGCAGAUGUCUGCGGGAUGUCAGUUGGCAGGAUUCUUGGGUGUUCUGAGUUCGGAACUGUCUGUGUACACUUUGGCCGUGAUAACGUUAGAACGGAACUAUGCCAUAACCCACGCGAUGCACCUGAACAAGAGACUUUCGCUGAAGCACGCCGGUUACAUAAUGAUCUGCGGUUGGACAUUUGCAAUUGUUAUGGCCGUGCUUCCGCUCUUCAGUGUAUCGGACUAUCGCAAGUUCGCAGUGUGUUUACCGUUUGAAACUAACAAUGCGGCCAGCCUGACGUACGUUGUGUUCCUGAUGUUCAUAAAUGGUAUAGCGUUUCUUAUCUUGAUGGGUUGUUACUUGAAAAUGUACUGCGCCAUCCGUGGAUCCCAGGCAUGGAACUCGAACGACUCUAGGAUAGCGAAACGAAUGGCCCUUUUAGUUUUUACUGACUUUCUGUGCUGGUCCCCGAUUGCGUUCUUCUCACUCACCGCAGCCUUCGGGCUGCACUUGAUCACCUUGGAACAAGCUAAAGUGUUCACCGUUUUCGUCCUGCCUUUAAAUUCGUGCUGCAAUCCCUUUCUGUACGCCAUCCUCACGAAGCAGUUCAAGAAGGAUUGUGUGAUGAUAUGCAAGGCGAUCGAGGAAAGCCGAGUGACGAGGGGCAUUGGUAGAUGUAGGCAUAGUUCGAACUUUAGUAAUCGCCAAACGCCGGCGAAUACCAACAGUUUAGCGGACCGGUCUUCGCGGGAGAACCAGAACCAUCACGUGCCGACGUGCACGUGCAACGCCAAAUUGUUGGGCGAUCAAAACGAGAAUACGCCUCGACCCGACCGCAAAACCAGGACGAGAGAAUGGCUUUUAAAUAAGGCCAGGUGGUUGCUGUGCGUUCGUCGCCAGACUCGUCAUCGGCCUAGGAGUGACCAGUACACCUACCAAAUCGCCGAGAUCCAGCAGAAACAGCAUAAAAGAGCAUCUUCAGUGUCGUCCAGCGAAAACUUUAGCUCUUCUCGCUCCGAUUCCUGGCGUCACAACCACCACUGCGGCAUACCGCUGCGGCUGCUAGAUCCGAAGAGAAGAGCGUCAUCAUGGCUGGUUACCCGCAAGACUUCGCAGGACUCGAAUCUCUCCAGUUCCCGUAACGAUUCAUCCGGAUCAGCAACAACAGCCAGUACAAGCACCUGGAGGAUUUCCCGUUCGAGCGCUUCCAGUGAGCCAGCCAGAUUAAGGGCGAAGCCUCGACUCACCCGACAGUGUGCCAUACAGGACGAAUCUGAACCUCCCGGUUCACCUGGCCGGUUGACGGUUCGCUUCCUCACCACGAUUCCUUCUGCUGCAGAAACCAGUAUGCAGUUGGAGGAUGAACCGCCUGUCCUCGUUAGUCCUGCAAAGGAACGCGAAGGACCACUCUACGCCAUCCUCCAUACCGCUCCUAUAAUCACCCCCACACGAAGACAAUCCAUUGUCACACUGCAUCCACCCGAUACCUGCAAUGUCUCUAGUCAACCAGAGCCGGGACCGUCAAAGCCCGCUCCAGAUCUAAUAAGAUAAUAAUUUAGUACCUAAGUCAACCAAAUCUCAAGGAUAAGUGCACACACGCACGCUUUACGCAAUACUCGUUGAGUUAGUGCCGAUAUUUUUCACAAUCGCAUCGACGACAAUAAAACAGCACAUUUAUUAUUUAUUUCCAUAAUCAUUCCAGCAUUUACAUCUCAUUAAAAUCAUGUACAUAUUUCAAUAUACGUAACAGGAACUAUAUUUCAGUAAAUAUCAAUAUUAUCAAAU